AUGGCGCCAGGUUUCAAUCUUGUACCAGCUGUCGUUCGCUCUAUUGCGCAAUUGCCGUUUAGUACGCGCAGUCUCAAGUUAAUGGACCUGUGGCCUGACUUCGAGUUGUUAUCUGACUUCAAUCCUUUCGCAUGGCCCAGUCUCACAAAUCUUGAGAUUGCGGUAGAUGAACUAGACUGCAUCCCCUAUUUGCUCUGUGUAUGCCCCAACCUCUUGUCUUUGACGGUGGUUGGACUAUUCGCGGUUGAGACCAAGGAAGUCUUCUUCGAUGCCAUCAUACUCCCCAGGCUACGUGCGCUCGAAGUUCGCAAUUCAGGACAAUGGCCUCAUGAAGACUUCAAGACGUUUUUGACACGGUCACAGUGUCCCCUGGAGAGCUUGACCUUCGGCGAUUGA